AUGCUGACGACGGCUCUGACCGCCAUUGCCACAGUUGUGUCUACGCUCCCCGUCAUUCGUCGCAAGCUCUCGAUUUACCUCGCCACUUUCCUCCUCCUCCUCGGUCUUCUCCAGCCGCUGACCAGCUCCCUAGGUGUCGGCUGGCUGCAUGUCGUAUGGAAUGGCAUGCUAGCACCCACUUAUCUCGCCACCGAGGUUGCCGGUCCGCUCGGCGCGCCGUCGAUCGCGCAAGUCGUGAUUUCGCUUGUUCUCUCGAUCGUUUUGAGUGCGGGCGCUUCGACAUCAGGUUCCAUUCCUGAGAUCUCGUUCAGGUUCGCGACGCCUGUGCUGCUGUAUUUAUCGUACUCUGCACCAACGCUCGUCGCAGCGGCGACAGCGGCCGUCGCAACCGUCGCAACCGACGCGAUCGGCGCUGAUUGCGGCGAUUCAGAGAAACGUCUUGCGACCGCGAAGCGGAGUCAGCAACAGCAACAGGAGCUGCAGCAACUGAAGCAGAAGCAGGAGCAGGAGCAACAGGCUGCUGAUCCAAUGGCGAAAGCGCGAGCGUCGCCGCCGUGUUUGCCGCUCUUCGGCACCCCCUCAUCUGCAUCCUCCUCUUCCUCCUCUCUAUCCAACCAGGAAAAGGCUAGCCUUUUAGACAGUAAGAGUGAGAGCGACAAUCAGACUCAGAAGGAGAAGCCGCGCGUGAUCGUCCAUUAUCCAUGCAGCAGCGUUGCUGCGAACUGGCCCACAAACGGACAAGCGGAAUCUUCUGUCAACUAUCCUUCUGGUACGGUCGCCGCAUCCGCGGAACUCCCUUUGAAGAUCGAUGGCUCCGUUAACUUCUCCGUCCAGGGUCGUGGGGAGCCGACUGGUUUCGUCAAAAUUGACACUAUGCCGACGGUUCCGUCGGUGAUGCCGUUUUCCCUUAAUGGCGACGCCUCCGCAUCUUGGCUGGGCGGGAGAGGGACGGUAAGGGGAGCGCGAUCUGCGGGGAAUUGGGGGGAAACGGGGGCUUGCGCGGGCGCGGAAGGGGACGGGCGGACGGCGGUGGUGCUUUUGGGAUGGCUCGGCGCGCAGCAGCGGCACAUGCGGCAGUAUGCCACGUGGUACAACGCGAGGGGUAUUGAUGCGAUCGGGUUCGUCAUUCCGUUUACCGACAUAUUCAGCGUGAGGCUCGGCGAAAAGGCGGAGCUGCACGUCGACGAUCUAGUCACGGAGCUUGAGAGAUGGCUCCUCGAGGGCGCGAACCGCGGCGGGACGCAUGGCGCGAUUCACGGCGGGCUCGGCGGCGGCGGGCAUCGCACGCUGCUGUUCCACACGUUCAGCAACACGGGAUGGAUCGCGUACGGCGCGGCGCUGCUGCGACUGCAGCGCAAGUACGGGAAAGCGGCGGUGGAUGGGAUUAUAAAGGGGUGCGUCGUGGACUCCGCGCCCAUACUGGAAGAAGAUCCCAAGGUGUGGGCGAGCGGGUUCUCAGCGGCCAUUCUACAGAAGCGCAUGGCGGUGGUGAGGGUGGUGAAGGUGCGGCUGGAUGCACUAGAGAGUGUGCUGGUGACAGCUCUGUGGCUCAUCUUCCAAGUGGCUCUGCGCAUCCCCUACGUCAAAGGGAAGCUUGGGGAGGUGACUAACACUCUGCACCACCACCAGCCCAACUGCCCACAGCUGUACUUCUACAGUGAAGCAGACAUUGUCAUUCCCCUGCCCGCUGUCGAAAAAUUCAUCCUCGGGCAGCGGGCCCAGGGCCACAGGGUGAUGUCGAUGCGAUUUGAAUGUUCGCCGCAUGUGGACCAUUUUCGGACAUUCCCUGAGCUGUACACGCAACAGCUGGAGACGUAUUUGAAAGCAUGCCUGCCGCACCGGUUCUGCCAGCAACAGGAUGGUUACCAGGAUGGGUUUGGUUACGAGCACAAGACGGUUGCAGCGGUGCACAUGUUUCUUCAGGUGCCUCGUUACGCACGCUGCUAUUCCAACCUGUUUUUAGGGCACUCAAAGCGCGUCCGUAUCCUGUCGCAGACGUUGCCGCGUCAGCCAUGCCAGUGUGUCGAUGGGAUAGAAGUUGAAGCUUCCACGAUGGCUGCUCCAGAUAAGGGAGGGAGCAAGGACUCUUUGCCUUGCCAGGGGAAUUCUGAGCCUGAGUCUUUCACAGUGUCGGCAUCUCUACCAGAAGCCGAGAUAGUCAAUGGACCCCCUAUAGUGCACAUGCCUGUGCGGAAACCAGAGAGCUUGUCAGUUGGAUUUGCAGUUCCAGAGGAGGAGAAGCAGGGGGCUGCCAUGUGGCAGGUUUAUGUUUUAGGCGCUUAUUUGAUUGGUACAUGGUUAUGGGCAAAGAGCAAAAAGGCAUCGAAGGAAGAUGAAAUCGCCAAAUUAACGAAGCAGUUGACAGAGCUUACAGACAGCAUGUUUGCUGAGGGUAUACUCGAUGAUCAGUUUACCCAACUUCAGCAAUUGCAAGACGAGAGCAAUCCGGAGUUCGUCGGAGAGGUCAUUGGCCUAUUUUUUGAAGACUCCGUGAAGCUUUUGGACGACCUUACUCAAGAAGUUAACGAAGACCCAAUUGACUUCAAGAAAGUGGAUGCGCAUGUUCACCAGUUCAAGGGUAGUAGUUCGAGCAUUGGAGCACAACGAGUGAAGGCAUUAUGCAUCAAGAUGAGAGGGUACUGCGACGAAGGAAACCGCGCAAAGUGCUUGAGCUCGCUAGACAAGAUCAAGGAUGAGUUUAAUCUUGUGAAGGACAAGCUCGAGCUCAUGAUGUCGCUGGAACGGAAGAUUUUGGCCAAAGGAGGAAAAUUGCCGUCAAUGGAGUAUUGA